CUCUGCUGACGUUCGAAGAUGAGUUAACGGUUAGCUGAAGAUGAUACCGGGUGUGGGCGGAGUGCCACGAGCGCGGUUACUUGCACUUCUCCUCCUAGCGCUGGUGGAAGUGAUAGCGCGCGCUCUAGGCGACCCCGCUCCCUACAUCGCCGGCAGCAGCAGCAGCAGCGGCACUUUUCUUGAUGCUGUUGUUGGUGGUGGUGCCGUAAGCACCACUAGCAAUGACGUUACGGCCGAACCGGUCCGCCAUCAGCGUUCGGCAUCGGGCCGGGCGGCGCAACCACCACCGUACAGCUUUCACUUUGCCCACGCGGUGUACAAUGUGUCGAUACCGGAGAACAGCGUCAUCAAGACGUACGCGGUGCAGCCGCCGAACGAGCCGCGCAUGGGCCUGCACGUGACGCCCGACCUGGAGGUGCGGUACAAGAUAGUGGCGGGCGAUAAGGACCGCUUCUUCAAGGCGGAAGAGCGCGCGGUCGGCGAUUUUGUGUUUCUUGCGAUCCGCCUGCGCACCAACAACAUUGUGCUGAACCGCGAGAAAGGUGACAGCUACCGGCUGGAGGUGAAGGCGACCGGGACGCGCCGGGAAGGGAAAAGCCGCACCACGCUCGAGGCGGACACGACGAUCGAUGUGCGGGUGCUGGACGCGAACGAUCUGAGCCCACUGUUCUACCCGACCGAGUACGCGGUCGCGAUAACGGAGGAUACGCCGCUGCACAAAAGCAUCCUGCACGUGGUGGCGGAGGAUGCCGACCUGGGGCUGAACGGCGAGAUCUACUACAGCAUCCUGGACGAGACGGAGCAGUUCGCGGUCCACCCGACGACGGGCGUGAUAACGCUGACGCGGCCGCUCCGGUUCGCGGAACGGGCGCUGCACGAGCUGACGGUGGUGGCGAACGAUCGCGGCAUCGGAUCAACGAGCCGGAAUCAGGCGAGCAAGGCGCGGGUGAAAAUUAAGGUUCUGCAGGUGAAUCUGUUCGCGCCGGAUAUUUACGUACAGGCGCUGCCGGACAUACUGGAAAACUCCAACACAAACAUCUUCGGCAUCGUGCGCGUCACGGACAAGGAUAAGGGUGUGCACGGGCAGAUCAAGAGCCUGGACAUUGUGGACGGCGAUCCGGAUGGGCACUUCCGCAUCAAGCCGACCGACCGCCCGGGGGAGUAUGUGAUCGAGGUGCACCGGUUGCUGGAUCGGGAAACAGCCCCCGCCGGCUACAACCUGACGCUGCGGGCCGUCGAUCGGGGUGUGCCGCCGAAGCAGAGCUACCUCGUGACGCCGGUCCGGCUCGCCGACAUCAACGACAAUGCGCCCGUGUUUAAUCGUGAAAUUUACGAAGUGUCGGUGCCGGAAACGUCACCACCCAACACGCCCGUCAUCCGGCUGAAGGUGACGGAUCGGGACGAGGGCAAGAACGCGAAGGUGUUCCUGGAGAUUGUCGGCGGCAAUGAGGGGGGCGAGUUUCGGGUGAACCCGGAGACGGGUAUGCUGUACACGGCCGUGCCGCUGGAUGCGGAGCUGAAGGCGUUCUACACGCUCACCGUGUCGGCGAUCGAUCAGGGCAACCCGGGCACGCGCAAGCAGUCCUCGGCGAAGGUGAAAAUCAACGUGCAGGACACGAACGAUAACGAUCCGAUCUUCGAGACGGCUAAUUUGACGAUCUACGUGGAUGAGAAUGAACCGGCCGGCACCUCGGUAACGAAGGUGACGGCGCGGGAUAAGGAUCUGGGCGAGAAUGCGUACAUCUCGUACAGCAUCGCUAACCUGAACGAUGUGCCGUUCGAUAUUGAUCAUUUCUCCGGCACGGUGCGCACCUCGAAGCUGCUCGACUACGAGAGCAUGCGGCGCGAGUAUGUGCUGCGGGUGCGUGCCUCCGACUGGGGUCUUCCCUACCGGCGGCAGACGGAGAUGCAGCUCGUGAUUAAGCUGCGCGACGUGAACGACAACCGGCCACAGUUCGAGCGGAUCGACUGUCUCGGCAGGAUACCGCGCUACACACCGAUCGGGACGGAGAUCUUCACGCUGUCGGCGCUCGACUUUGACUAUGGCAGCGUGGUGACGUACCGGUUGCUGUCCGGGUUUGAGGACGGUUGCUUCAAUCUCGACUCGGUGACGGGCAUCGUCUCGGUCGGGUGCGAUCUGAACGAUGUCGGUGUGGAGCAGCGCGAGCUGAACGUGACCGCGACGGACGGGACGCACUUUGCCGAUACGGCACGCAUUCAGAUCAGCUUGGUGCGCAACCGGCGAAACCUGGGCGCAAACCUGAAGGCGGAAGACGGCGCUACGUUCGAGUGUCGGGAGACGGGUGUCGCGCAACGGUUGACGGAAAUUAUGGCCGCGGCCGAGCGGAACAAUAUGCCCGGUCGGGAGGCAGGUGCUAGUGGGGGAGCUGCCGAUGAUUUCGCCAUGAUGCCGAGUCGGUACGGGGAGAAUGUGCACGCGCCAGAGUUUGUUGAUCUGCCGCUGGAGGUUAAGAUCAAUGAGUCGGUACCGCUCGGUACGACGAUUACCUGGAUUAAGGCGCGCGAUCGAGACCUUGGCUACAAUGGGAAGCUCGUGUUUGGCAUCUCCGGUGGGGACGACGACUCCGUGUUCCGGCUCGACCCAGACAACGGGGAGCUGAAGAUCAUCGGCUAUCUGGACCGCGAGCGGCAGGACGAGUAUCUGCUCAACAUCACGGUGUACGAUCUCGGCAAGCCCCAGAAAUCCAUCUCCAAAAUCUUGCCCCUCACCAUCCUGGACGAGAACGACAAUGUGCCGAAGUUCGAGAAGUCGCUGGCGAGCUUCCGCGUGACGGAGAACGCCAUCAACGGCACGAUCAUCUUUCGCGUGAAGGCAACGGAUGCGGACCUGGGCCAGAAUGCCAAGAUCACGUACAGCCUGGUGACGGACACGAAAGACUUCCGGGUGGAUCCGGAGACGGGCGUGCUGACCGUGGUGGCGCCGCUCGAUCGCGAACGGCAGGAGGUGUACGAGCUGAAGAUACGCGCCACGGAUGGAGGUGGCGAUCAGAACACGCCCGCCCUGUACUCGGACGCGCUGGUGCGCGUAACCGUCGACGACAUCAACGAUAAUGCGCCCGAGUUUGCGGUGCAGGACCUGACGGUGCGCAUACGGGAGGAUGUACCGCGCGGCACGGUAGUGACGGUAGUGUCCGCGAUCGAUCUCGACAGCGGGACGAGCAGUGAGAUUGUGUACAGCUUCGGCGAGAAUGGUGACGGGGAGGGCUCGUUCCGGAUCGACAAGCAGUCGGGCACGAUACGGACCGCGCGGAUGCUCGACUUUGAGGAGCGGCAGGUGCACAGUUUGAUCGUGAAAGCGAUCGACCGGGGCACACCGUCCCUGUCGUCGGAAACGUCGGUGAUAGUGGAGGUGAUCGAUGUGAACGAGAAUCGGUUCGCGCCUCAGUUUGAGGACUACGUGCUGACGGGUGCGAUCGCGGAGAACAAGCCGCCCGGUGCGCAGGUGAUGCAGGUACUGGCGAAGGAUGCCGAUCUGCCCGGGCCGGACUCGCGCGUCACGUACUCGAUCAAGGGUGGCGAUGGGCUCGGCAUCUUCACGAUCGACAAUGAAGGAACGAUACGCACACUGGCCUCAUUGGAUCUGGAAACGAAGCCGAACUACUGGCUGACGGUUUGCGCACAGGACCAAGCCGUUGUUCCGCUGCACUCUUGCGUACAGGUUUACAUCGAGGUGCAGAACGAAAACGAUAACGUGCCGCUCACCGAGGACGCCGUGUACUAUCCCUCGGUACCGGAAAGCAGCCCGCCGAACGUGAAGGUCCUGCAGCUAGCGGCCGAAGAUCGAGAUAUCGAUCCACUGCAGCAGAUUUCCUAUCGCAUUAUCUCCGGCAAUCCGGAGGGCAACUUCGCCAUCAACAGCACCAGCGGGCUAAUAACUACCACCGCGCGAAAGCUGGAUCGGGAAAAUCAACCUGAACAUAUACUUGAGGUCCUGGUGAUGGACAACGGCGAGCCGCAGCUAUCGUCGACGACGCGCGUCGUCGUGCAGGUCGAGGACGUUAACGACCACGCGCCCGAGUUCGAUCAGAAAAUGUACAAGGUGCAGAUACCGGCGAACGCCAAAAUCGAUCAGCCACUGUUUCAGAAUGAUUACGCUAGCAGUGGCUACGAACCGCCGGAGCUGGAACUGACCGAACCGAUGCUGUCCGAUCCGGACGUCGGGCUGGACGAUGCGGCCACGUGGGAAUCGUUUCCGGAGAAAAACUUCAACGACCUGCAAGUCAUCUUUCGGGUACUGGCGACGGAUCAGGAUAUCGGCGAAAACGGUCGCGUCACGUACUCGAUCAAGCCGGGCCGCGGGAAGGCGAAAAAGUUCCGCAUCGAUCCGGACACGGGCGUGAUCUACGCGGCCCGCACGUUCGAGAUCGACACCGAGUACGAUCUGCUGGUGCGGGCGGAGGACCACGGCGUGCCGAAGCGCUCCCAGCAGGCGCGCGUCGUCGUGGCCGUCGUCGGUGUGCCGCUCGAGUCGGAGAACGCACCGGUGGUGAAGACGGGCGACCAGCACGUGGAGGUGACGGAGAGCGAUGCGCCCGGCUACCUGGUGACGCUGAUCCAGGCGUCCGACGCCGACGGCGAGCAGGUCUGGUACGACAUCGUGGGCGGCGACGAGCGGCACGAGUUCUACAUCGGGCGGGACAAUGGGAACGUGCUGCUGGCGAAGUAUCUGGACUGGGAGCGGCAGCGCGAGUACAACAUCACGAUCAGCAUCUCGGACGGGGUGCACAUGGUGUACACGCAGCUGUACGUGUCGGUGAUCGACAUUAACGACCACCGGCCCGAGUUCACCGAGUCGGUGUACCGGGUGGACAUUUCGGAGAACAUCGAGGAGGGCAUGGAGGUGCUGCAGCUGCACGCGACGGACGAGGACGAGGACAAGAAGCUGUUCUACAGCUUGCACGCGGCGAGGGAUCCGGUAUCGCUGAAGCUGUUCCGGGUGGACUCCGUCACCGGGAGCAUCGUGAUGGCGCACCGGCUCGAUCGGGAAACGCUCGCCGAGCACGUGCUGAUAGUGAUUGUGAAGGAUCAGGGCACGCCGGCGAAGCGCAACUACGCCACCGUCAUCAUUACCGUGCACGAUCACAACGACCACGCGCCCGAGUUCACGACGAAGAUCGUGCAGGGGAAGGUGUACGAGACGGCAGCGGUCGGGACGCAGGUGGUGCAGGUGUACGCGAUCGAUCGGGACGUGGGCGACAAUGCGCAGAUCGCGUACACGAUCGUGAGCGGCAACAUUGGCAACGUGUUCGGCAUCGAUCCGAGCAUGGGCGUGAUCAGUGUGGCGAAGCAGCUCGACAUCAGCACGCUGUCCGAGUACAUGCUGCAGGUGAAGGCGACCGACGGUGGGAAGCCGCCGCUUUCCUCCCAGAUCCCGGUGCACAUCAUGAUCGGCAUGGCGGACAACGCGCCGCCCCGCUUCAUCUCGGACGAUCCGGCGGCGGAAAUCUACGAAAACCAACCGAUCGGCACGUUCGUCAUCCACCUGGAGGCACGCAGCACCUCGUCGCUGCUGUUCCAGAUCAUCGGCGGCAACGUGGGCGACAUGUUCUUCAUCAACCCGUCGACCGGCGUCAUCACGACGAAGGACCAGCUCGACUACGAGCACAACAAGUUCUACAAUUUGACGGUGCGCGCCACGAACAUGGCAUCGGCGUCGGCCACCUGCUCGGUCACCAUUAACGUGCUGGACCGCAACGACAACGUGCCGUACUUCGAGCAGCAGGUGUACUGGGGCGAGGUGUCGGAGGCGGCCCCGAUCGGGUCGCUCGUGCUGACGCUGUCGGAGGCACUGGCGCCGAACGGCAGUGCGAUAACGGGCAACCAUAAUCAUCUCGUGAACGCUUCGCUGCCGCUCGUGAUCCGGGCGCGGGACGACGAUUCCGGCCUGAAUGCGCUGCUCCACUACGACAUCCUGGAUAUGCUGCCGCGCAGGUACUUCCACAUCGACUCGAGCACCGGCGCGAUCAAGACGAUCAUGUUCCUGGACCACGAAAAGAUCCCGUUCUUCAGCUUUCACGUCAAGGUAACUGAUCUCGGUAAGCCACGGCUGACGUCGGAACUGACCGCGGAAGUGCGCAUCAACAUCACGGACGUGAACGACUGUGCGCCCACGUUCAGCCAGAGCGAGUACAACGUGACGCUGCUGCUGCCGACCUACGCAACGUGGCCGUGCUGCAAGUGAACGCGACCGACGAGGACAGCUCGGAAAACUCCACCCUCCGGUACGACAUCAUCGAGGGCAACCGGGACGGUGUGUUCGCCAU